AUGGUUGACCUGUCAGAUCGGGCGGUGGCGAACGCGAUGAUCCCGCUGAUGAGGGGCGCCCCGUGGCCUUCAGGUAGGCAGGUGCACGGAAUCGACGGCCCGAUCACCCCGAGAGACCUGGAUGGGAUCAGAGCGGAGGGCAGGGCUCUAGCCGAGUGGCGGCCUCCACGGCUGUCGACGCACCUGUACUCGGACCCGUCGUGUUUGUUCUUCGCGGAGGAGGUCGACGACAGCCUCUCGGGCAAUCGGUCGGAGACCGUGAUGAUGGUGGCCGAGGCGCUUCCGCGGCGCGGCCUGGGGUGGGCGGCGGCGGAGCCAGCCCCGUCGGAUAACAAGCUACGCUGGGCGCGCGAGAAGCUGGGCGGCGAAAGCCGCAACUCGAGACUGCUCUCUCGAAUGCUGGGCCCGAACGCUCAGACGGGAUCGACCUCGCUAAUCACGUUUGUCAGGUUGCUGAAGCAGUCGAUGUUGGCCGCGGGUGCGCCUAUCGAUCAGGGUCAGUCUUUCCUGGGGUUAGCUCAGAUUGUAGCGGCGUCGGGGCGCGAGUUUGGCGCGUCGCACGCCUUCUGGGGGACUCAGGCCCAGCUCAUGAUGAGCGAUCGUUUGUUGAGGGAGGAGCGGGGGGACUCGAAGCGUCAGAAGACUAGCAACCAGGACAAGGACAAGAGCGGCCCGCGUGGUCUGCCCGCAGGUAAGGGCGGUUGCGCUGGCCUCGCCUCGGACGUCGACGACGGUGUUCACAUGCUGGAGCCGACGAGCCGGGCGAUUGUCGAGCCCUACCUCGACCCCGUGCUGCAUGACCCCCGCCAUAUGAGCGUUCUGGUCCAUAAGCUGAACGACGCUGGCACGCUGCCCUUCCGACGCCGGGCCCGCUGCUUCGUCGGCGCCUUCACGGUGAUCAAAAAGGACGGCUACCACCUGAGGCUGGUUCUGGACUGCAGACCGGCAAACGUCCUGCAUCGUACCCCCCCGGUCAGUCAGCUGGCGACGGCAUCCGCCCUGGCGGGUCUCGCGUUGCGGGGCGGGGGGGCCUUGGCGGCGGAGCGCGACACGGCCAGUGACUUCGGCGUCAAGAGAGUCUUCGACGAUGAUCGUCGCUGCUGGGACUCGGUGAGCGCCGACGAGGUGCUGUGGACGUGCGUCAAGGUUAUCCCGAUGGGCUGGACGUGGUCGCUGUUUUUCUGCCGCUCCGCGCUGACCGACGUGCAGGUUUGCGCGGAGAUGGUUGACGCGCGGGUCUUGCGCGAUCGUCAGCCGCCUCCGAUCCUCCAGCCAGGUCUCCCCAUUCUCGCGCCAUACGUGGACAACGCCUUCCUGAUUUGCUGGAACCAAGCGGAUGCCCAGGAGUGCUUUACCUACCUGCUGGAGGAGCUGAGGGCUACGCACUCCACAUCGGUCAGUUCGACGUCCUCUUGGAACUGGGAUGUCGAGAUUCUGUCGGUCGGAGACAACCUGUCGGAGAUCCUGGCUACCGAGAGAGGGCGCGCCAAGGAUCGCGAGCUCAACGACCUCUGCCGCCGAGCUGGAGCCCUGCAGGGGGCCUGUGGGCUUCGGCGGCGACGUCGGCACCUUGCGAGCGAGAGGAACUGCUCCGACGAGGACUCACGUCUCGCUGAUCGCGGUCUGCUGGCUGCGGGCGAGGCUUUGGGCGGGGGCGCCCUGUGGGCGCGUCUCCGAGGCCGGGGCCAUCGCGACCUCGCUGACAGAGAUCGAGUUCGAGUCGCCGAGUCCUUCGGCCCUGGGUCCUCGAGAGUCGAGGACGAGGCGAGAGAUUGUUGUUCGAACAACGAGCUCAACUCUUCUUGUUCUUCAUUGGUGACUACGGAUGCAAUUUUCACAAGUGGGCCGGCUCCUUCGCGGGCCGCGUCGAAGGUGCAGGCGGCGUCGGUGCCUCGGCCGAGCUCUCAUGGGCGCCGGGGCGGUAGCACGCUCUCCAAGCCGAUUGCCCCAGCGUUUUGCGGCCUGGCCAUUUUGGAGCUGUUCGCAGGACCCCACAGCUAUGGCCACGCUACGGAUUCUUCGGGUCGCUCACCAAUAUGGGUUAAGUGCGUACUCGAGAACCCGAUUGGCUCCAAGCUCUUCAAGUGGACGCCCCUCAAGGAUCUCUUCGAGGCUCAGGAGGCCCAGGAGACCAUCGUGGACUACUGCCGGCAGCGGGCCCGGCAUCAGCGUCAGGCCGCCGUCGUUCGGCGGAAGGCGAAGCGCGACCAGCUCAACGAGGCCGAGGGGGAGACCGGCUACCUGGCGAGGCGUCGGGUGAAGCCGGUGACGCUGCAGCGCUACCAGCAGGCCAUGAGGGGCUUCGCGGAGGCAUUCCCUCGGGCGGGGCAGGCGGACUGCUCGCUGCAGGAGUUCGACAUGCUGCUCGAGAAGUACCUCACCAUCCAGUUCAUCAACGUCGGUGCUCGAGCUCACGAGGCCCGGGGCGUGCUCUACGGCAGCGCCUGGACGCGACGCGCCCUGGCUUCUCGCCUUCCCGCGGCCCUCAGCGCCCUCGACGGGUUCGAGAAGGAGGGCCCGGGCAACGCGCGCGAUCCCUGCCCGUGGGAAGCGACGGUGUGCAUCGCUGCGGCCAUGAUGAUGCUCGACAGUUCGCUGGGACCGUCGGCAGCGGCGGCGGUCCUCCUCGGGUUCGACGCCUACAGCAGGCUCGGGGCUCUGCUCAGCAUCAAAGGGCGCGAUCUGCUCAAGCCCGUGCGGGGCAUGAGACCUCGGCGGUGGGCCGUCGCGUUCUCCCCGGAGCCCGACGGCGCGGUCAGCAAGACGAAGACGCAGGACGACGCCGUGCUCAUCGGCGAGACGCACGAGGACCGACAGUGGCUCAAUCAGCUCCUGCCGCCGCUGGUUAGUGGUCUCGGCGCCACCGACAAGGCGUUCCCGAUCAGCCAGCUGGCGGAGAUCCAGCGUCAGGGCCAAUGGGCUGCUCUCAGGUCGGUCAUGCGCUACAGCAAGCGCGGAAGAUACCUGCGAGGUGCCUGGAGGCUCCCGCGGGGGUUCUGCAUGCCUCAGGCUGGGGUGGAUGCCAUGGAAUUGAUGAUGGAAGAACUCCUCGCCAAGCAGAGCAGUGAGCUCUUGGACUCUAUGAACUCCAGGAUCACGCAAGCAGCGCGCCCGGUGAAUAACUCCGUCGAUGCCCCGGGUGCCAAGCUGGGCCAGCGAGAGAAAGUUUUACAGGAACAGGCCGAGACAAUCUCCCAGCUCGAGCGAGUGGAGGUGAUCUACCACGUCGUGAGUCAGGCCUACAAGCUGACGCGUGCGAGGUGCGAUUCGGCCGGAGACUUCAGCAGGCGCGCCAACGUUAUCGACAUGAUGUGGAAGGACUUCCGCGGCAACGCCAUCCACCCGCUGCGGAUCCGAGGAGACCUAUUGUUACACGCGAGGCAGAAGGCAAGGACAUUCAGCUCGAUCUACACCAAUGUGCGCGACCUCGUUCGGAAAUUCCCGCGCUGGAGCUCCAAGUGUAACUUCGGGGUCAAUGGCCGCAAGGGCGUCCGCCGAUGUUCCUGCAGCGGGUUCGGAACGGUGAUCCGCAGGCCGUCUGCCAUCUACGGCGUCGUGGGCCCAGCUCGCCCCGCGGUCUGCCUCGCCUCCCUGGACCGCCGCUCCCGCAGCGUCGCCCUGCGCGCCGCCUGCUCGCGCGGCCCCGGGGGGGAGCUGUCGCUGGGCGCCACGAGGACGGUGAGCCUCGCGGCCGGGGCUUCGCUGGACGCCGCGGCGGGCGCGCACCCGGAGACGAGGGACCGGCAGUGGGUCCUGACGGUGCUGGCUCGCGACGGGAGCCCCAUCCUGCAGCUGCACGCCGACAGCCAAGAGGUCCACGAGGCGUGGGCCGAGGGCGUCCGGCAGACGAUCGGCGCCGCGGCGCCGGAGCCCGGCGGCGGCGUCGGCGGCGAGGACACCGACGGGGACCUGGGCAGGCUGACGGCGCGCGCGGCGGAGCUGCAGCGCGCCGUGGCGGGCUGGAGGCCGCGGGCCGGCAGCGCGACGAGCAGCUGGACAAGCUGCUCGGCCGGUUGGACGGUUCCAUGCGGAUGCUGGCCGCGGUGCAGGGCAUGUGCGGCCAGCAGCGGAGGGUGA